ACAAGCCGCCACAACACGAGUGGAGUUUCUGCAUUGCUUCAGAUUUUCAGUGACCUGAAUUCAAUUCAUUUAAGAGUGUUCAGGUGUGUGAGGACCAUGUCAGAUCUGGCUAAAGAAAAAGCUGCUCGGCUGCUGAAGAAGAGAGAGAGUGUCUCAUCGAUGAGCAGUCAGGAUGUCCGAGCCAAAGACCUGACCGGCAAAACCAAAGACUCCAUCAGCACUGUGUCAUAUAUCGAUGAACCAGGUCACCAUGAUGAUAACACUCGACCUGCAGUGCAGAUGAAGAACACAUACCAGCUUGGCCCCAGAAAACGAUUCCCCGUGCACACAGUGAAGGAGAUCCUGAAGGACGUGCUGUCCAGCUACCUGCAGGAGGAGAAGUACGAGGCCGAACUGUGCAGACAGAUGACCAAAACCAUAUCGGAGGUGGUGAAGGCUCGUGUGAAGGACAUGAUGAUUCCUCGCUAUAAGAUCAUCGUGAUGAUCACCAUCGGCCAGCUGGCCGAGCAGAACAUGCGCAUGGGGAGCCGCUGCCUGUGGGACGCCACCAGUGACACGUUUUCAUCUCACACGUUCAAGAACAGCUCACUGUUCGCCGUCGCUAACGUCUACGGCGUCUACUUUGAAUAAGGCAGGAUGAUGAUGCAAAGUCAGCAGUUCUCACGUUCUUAUGGGAAUAACGUCAUCAGACUGGACGCAGCAGCUUGUGGCCACUACGUUUUGUGCCUAACAAGCUGUGCACUUUAUUUUAACUUACAAAUGUUGAGUGAAAAGACGUUUUCUAAGGAUAAUUUUGGAGAAAUGGAACAUUAAAAAUGGAUAGAAUUGUU